GCCGCGGCCGGAGGCGGCAGUGUCCGGAGCCCGGCUCAGGGGCCGGAGUGGCCGCCGCGGAGCGAGGCUGCCUCGAUAGAGCGCCCAGGCGCAGAAGGGUUAACGGGCCGCCGGGGCGCGCAGAACAGGACCCAGGAGAGGAGGGCACAAUGAAGACCAAAGAAUUCUAACCCAGGAGAGGGACUCUCCACCGCCAGCCCCCACCCAACCUUCCCUCAGCAAUGACCCAUUUCCCAGAGAGUGCACCCCUCCACACCCAGAUGCCACGGUAGUGUUCAUGUCCAGUCCUUUCCUCCUUUGCCCUGGGGCAACCAAGGGAGGAGCUAUGGAGAAGUGGGCAAGCAGGUCCUGGUUGUGUCUGAUGCUCCUUCUAUCCCUCCCUCAUCUCUACCUGGAUCAGGAAGUUAGCCCUGGACAAGUGUUGUCUGGACACUCUCUUCAGACACCUCCAGAGGAGGGCCAAGGCCCUGAGGGUGUCUGGGGACCUUGGGACCAGUGGGCCUCUUGCUCCCAGCCCUGUGGGGUGGGGGUGCAGCGCAGGAGUCGGACAUGUCGGCUCCCUAAAGCUCAACUCCUCCCAGUCCUGCCCCUCCCUCCAAGGCCCCCAAGACAUCCAGAAGCCCUCCUCCCCCGGGGUCAGAGCCCCAGACCCCAGACUUCCCGAGAAAUCCUCCCCCUGUACAGGCCACAGCCUCGGGGAAGGGGUGGCCCACUUCGAGAUCCUGCUUCCCAACUACGGAGAGUGGAGACCCAGGAGAUUCAAGGGGCCAGGAGGUCCCGGGUUCGAGACCCCAUCAAGCCAGGAAUGUUUGGGUAUGGGAGAGUGCCCUUUGCAUUACCAUUGCAUCGGAACCGCAGGCACCCUCGGAGGCCACCCAGAUCUGAGUUCUCCCAGACCUCUUCUAGAGGGGAAGAACCCCUUCCAUCCCUGACUCCAACAGCAGAGCCGUCCUCUACAAACUAUGGCCCCCAAACUCAGCUCCCUCCUACAGAACUGUCUGCCCACAUCCCAUCUCCCCCAGAACCCCCAAGCCCUGAAACUGCUCAAACAGAGGUGAUCCCCAGCACCAGGACUGCCCCCACACAGCCCCACCCCAGAGCCCAGGCCUCUGGCACGGAGCCCCCCUUGCCCACCCCCUCCUCAGAAGAAAGUGGCCUCUCCCACAUAUCCUCUCAGCCAAGAAUGCCAAGUUCCCAGGGUUGGGCCAGUCCCCAAGUAGCAGAGAGACACCCUGAUCCUUUUCCUUCUGUCCCUCGGGGCCAAGGCCAGCAGAGCCAGGGGCUUUGGAGACCUGGGGGAAAUCUUCCCAGGUCCCUCAUGGAGUCUGCCCCUCACAACCCAGAUGGCUGGUUGCCUCUCCUGAGGGCUGUACCCCACUCCAGCUCCUUCUGGAGCCUCUUUGCUCCCAGCAGCCCUGUCCCAAGAUGUUCUGGAGAGAGUGAGCAGCUGAGAGCCUGCAGCCAAGUGCCCUGUCCCCCUGAGCAGCCAGAUCCCCGGGCCCUGCAGUGUGCAGCUUUUGACUCCCAGGAAUUUAUGGGCCAGCUGUACCAGUGGGAGCCCUUCACCGAAGUUCAGGGCUCCCAGCGCUGUGAACUGAACUGCCGUCCCCGUGGCUUCCGCUUCUAUGUCCGUCACACUGAAAAGGUCCAAGAUGGGACCUUGUGUCAGCCUGGAGCCCCAGACAUCUGUGUGGCUGGACGCUGUCUGAGCCCUGGCUGUGAUGGGAUACUUGGCUCUGGCAGGCGUCCGGAUGGCUGUGGAGUCUGUGGGGGUGAUGAUUCUACCUGUCGCUUCAUUUCGGGGAACCUCACCGACAGGGGGGGCCCUCUGGGUUAUCAGAAGAUCCUGUGGAUUCCUGCUGGAGCCUCCCGGCUCCAGAUUGCCCAGCUCCGGCCCAGCUCCAACUACCUUGCACUUCGAGGUCCUGGGGGCCGGUCCAUCAUCAAUGGGAACUGGGCUGUGGACCCCCCUGGAUCCUACACAGCUGGUGGGACUGUCUUCCAGUAUAAGCGUCCUCCUCGGGAGGAGGGCAAGGGGGAGAGUCUGUCAGCCGAAGGCCCCACAACCCAGCCUGUGGAUGUCUAUAUGAUCUUUCAAGAAGAAAACACAGGUGUUUUUUAUCAGUAUGUCAUCUCUUCACCUCCUCCAAUCCAGGAGAGCCCCACCACAGAGGCCCCCAUCCCCCUACUUCAGCCUGAGAUUUUGAGGGUGGAGCCCCGCCCAGCCCGGACCCCAGGCACCCUCCAGCGUCAGGUGCGGAUCCCCCAGGUGCCUGCCCCGCCCCGUUCCAGGAUGCCCCCGGGGUCUCCAGCCGGAUACUGGAAACGAGUGAGACACUCUGAGUGCUCGGCAUCUUGUGGAAAAGGUGUUUGGCACCCCAUUUUCCUCUGCAUUUCUCUUGAGUCGGGAGAGGAACUGGAUGAAGACAGCUGUGCCAUGGCUGCCAGGCCCCCAGCCUCCCUUGAACCGUGCCACGGUCCCCCAUGCCCCCCAUACUGGGAGGCUGGCGAAUGGACGUCCUGCAGCCGCUCCUGUGGCCCUGGCACCCAGCACCGUCAGCUGCACUGCCGGCAGGAGUUUGGAGGGGGUGGCUCUUCAGUUCCUCCAGAGCGCUGUGGACAUCUCCCCCGGCCCAGCAUCACCCAGCCUUGUCAGCUGCACCACUGUGGCCACUGGGAGGUUGGCUCCCCCUGGAGCCAGUGCUCUGUGCGGUGCGGGCGGGGACAGAGGAGCCGGCAAGUUCGCUGUGUUGGAAACAAUGGUGAUGAAGUGAGUGAACAGGAGUGUGCUUCAGGUCCCCCGCCGCCCCCUAGCAGAGAGGCCUGUGACAUGGGGCCCUGUACCACAGCCUGGUUCCACAGCGACUGGAGCUCCAAGUGUUCAGCUGAGUGUGGGACAGGAAUCCAGCGACGUUCUGUGGUCUGCCUUGGGAGUGGGGAGGCCCUCAGGGCAGACCAGGAGGAAGUAGGAGCAGGAACAAGUGAGCACAGCUGUCCACCAGGAAGCCGCCCCCCUGACAUGCGUGCCUGCAGCUUGGGGCCCUGUGAGAUGACAUGGUGCUGGUACACAGGGCCCUGGGGUGAGUGCUCCUCAGAAUGUGGCCCUGGCACACAGCGUAGAGACAUCAUCUGUGUGUCCAAACUGAGGACUGAGUUCAACGUGACUUCUCCUAGCAACUGUUCCCACCUGCCCAGGCCCCCUGCCCUGCAGCCCUGUCAAGGACAGGCCUGCCAGGACCGAUGGUUUUCUACAUCCUGGAGUCCGAUGACCAAUGCAAGGACAGCUCUCCACAUUGCCCCCUGGUGGUACAGGCCCGGCUCUGUGUCUACCCCUACUACACAGCCACCUGUUGCCGCUCUUGUGCUCAUGUCCUGGAGCGGUCCCCCCCGGAGCCUGCCUGAAAUGGAUCCAGGAGACCCUCUCCUCAUGGUUUUCUCAUGCCACCAUCAGUCACCCAUCUAUCAGCCUUCUCUGUACCCCUGGCUCUUCAGCCUGUCCCAGUCUCACCAGAGAUGUUUUCCAGGAUGACUGACAAUGGCAAGGUCACUGACACUGACUUAUCAAGAUGUGUGGUUGGGUCUGUGUGGUGGUGUGGUGGUGUGUGUGCACAUAUGCCCACAGAUGUGUAUCUGGGCCUGCAUGGAUGCAUGUGUGCUCAUACAUGUGUAUUAUUUCUCAAAAAGAAGUUACAUAGACAAAAAAAACAAAAAAGAAGUUACACAGACUGAGAAGAAAUGGGAGAGGACAAUGCCUGUUUCCGAGUCUUUUCUAGGCUGAGAGAAAAGCAAGUUUGCAGUUCUUUGCUAAUCUGAGCUACUUAGAGUGUGGUCUACCCAUCAAUUCCAAUUUUGUUCCCUAAACCUCAAACCUCAUUUCUUAUUUCAGGCCUCACAUCUUCUAAAUCACCGUUUGGUCUCUGACCCCUUCUCCCUUUACCUAAUCUUUUUAUUCCUACCUACCUUAUUAGCUAGGGAUGGGGGUCAGCUACUGCCAAUCCUGCCUUACCCCAAGAAGAGAGACUCCCUCCCCAGAGCAGGGACCAGCUGGGCAGAGGGUUGAAAAGAGAAAUGUUGGCAUAAGACACCUUAGCCCCUGUCCCCACUCCCUAAAAUGGCUCCCACCCCAGAACUAAUUUAUUUUUUAUUAAAGAUGAUUAUGACAAAUGAGAAA